UGUACCGAUACUUAAACGAAGGCUGGCCAGAUUUGAAGCAAGUCACAGAUCCGGAGAUAAAAUGAUUUUACGACCGCCAAGAAUCUCUUACACAGUUCAAGGUUGCAUUCUAUUCGGUGAGUGCCUGGUCAUUCCGUCACCGCUCCGCCGACGCUGUAUUGGUCAACUCCAUCGUGGCCAUCCUGGUAUACAACGUAUGAAAGCUAUUGCCCGUUCGUACGUUUAUUGGCCGUCUUUGGACAAGGACAUCGUGGACCAUGUAAAGUCUUGUCGUCAUUGCGCCUCCACUGCGAAGUCACCAUCAAAGCUAGCUCCGGUACCGUGGCCACGUUCGACCAAACCAUGGGAACGCGUCCACAUAGACUAUGCUGGUCCGAUCACCGGGAGCUACUAUCUCAUUGUCGUUGACUCUUACACAAAAUGGCCAGAAAUCAUCCAAACACACAGUACGACCACUGCUGCAACGAUUGCCAUCCUCAAGGACGUCUUCGCUCGAUUUGGAAUGCCUUCAACGUUGGUGAGCGAUAAUGGGCCGCAAUUUGUUAGUACGUUAUUCCAAGAUUUCUGUACAGAAAAUGGCAUUGAUCAUCUUACCAUUGCCCCGUUUCACCCGCAAUCUAACGGUCAAGCCGAAAGAUUUGUGGAUACAUUUAAGAGGUCCAUCAAGAAAAUUCAGGAGGGAAGAGAUAUUGUGCGAGAAUCGCUCAACACUUUUCUCAUCACCUACAGAACCACACCAAAUCCUUCCACUCCCAACGGUAAGUCGCCAGCGGAGAUCAUGUUUGGUCGUCGAAUUCGGACCAGUUUGGAGUUACUUCACCCACCAGUUGAACGCACAACCGUACAAAAGCAGGAUUACAACGUAAAACGCAGUUAUCAUCGAAACGAUCUUGUUUUUGCAAAACUCUAUUCCAACAAAACUUGGCGUUGGGCACCUGGCAUCAUUUUGGAGAAAGUUGGAAGCGUCAUGUAUAACGUUUGGGUUAACAACCAAAGACUGGUACGCUCACACGUCAACCAACUAAUGAACCGUUUUGAAACCAACCAUCACACCAAGCCCAUGAACAAUCCUUCUAGACUGCCAAUCGACAUUCUGCUAGGUGCGUGGAAUUUGCCUGCACCACGUUCGCCAUCUGUGUCAUCGCAUCCGACUACUUCACCAAGCCAUGCGACAGUGUCGGUCCCUAUCGCAGGCUCCGGCUCAUCGGAGUUACAAUCAGUUAUUGAACCAGAGCUACAACCAGUAUCACCGGCCCCUCGCCGCUCUUCGCGUGUUCGAAGAGUGCCUCAACGAUAUCAGCCAUACCUCCUGUAUUAGAGGGGAGAUGUUGGGACUUGGACAACCC